GACUCCACAUUAAACAACAAAGGGUUUAAUGUUCUUUGGUCAAAUUCUAUUCUUUGGGGUAGAUUCGAGAAAAACAACAAAUUGUCAAAAAUGGAAACAGAGCAACAAAUAACAGAUUAUGUUGCUCUUGCAAGAGACUUAGAGAAUCAGGAACUUGAGGCUGCAGGAGGCGUUGCAAAUACAACUGUUUAUGGAAAAUUGCUGUGCAUUUAUCUCUUACAAAAUGACACGUGUAAUGCAAAAUUUCUUUGGAAAAGGAUUCCUCAACAAGUAAAAACAGGUUGCCCGGAGUUGGCUUUGCUUUGGGCUGUUGGACAGAAGAUGUGGCAGAGAGAUUUUCCUGGGAUUUAUGAAACUAUACAGAAAGAGUGGACAGACCCGUACAAAGAUAUCAUGGCUGCUGUAUUAGAGGCUACUAGAAGGCGUGCCUUUAAUUUGGUAGCUCAGGCAUAUUCCUCCAUCAAUGCAGAAGAAUUUGCUGCCUACAUGGGCAUGCCUGUUAAUGAUGCAGUAAAAGCGGCACAAAAUGAAGGAUGGCAAGCUGAUCCAAACACAAAAUUAGUUACACCUAGAAAGCCAGUGGCCCAGUCUGAUCCAGUUUUAGCCAAUGAACAACAGUUAUCAGUGUUAACAGACUAUGUAUCAUUCCUGGAAAGUUGAUCAUGUGUGUUUUUGUUACGUGUUAAUUAAAUAGAAGAAUAUUGAAAUCACUUCUAUUAUGCCAAUGCUUUAUCUAUUGAAAGAAUCAUAGUGCUUAAAUGAAUAUUCCUGCUUGAUGGAUAUCCUAUGAGUUGGGAUCUACAUUGUUUACUUUCACUUUGAUAUUUUUGUAGACUUUUAUUAUCCAUAUACAUGUACAUACACAAAUACCAGUGUAAAAAAACAUCAUAAACGAAAGAAAAUUUAGAAUUAUAUGAGUGAACUGUUCUGAAAUGUAUCACAUAAUUCUGAAUCAAUCUGGCAGCAAAUUAUGAAUAAAACAAAACAAAAACAACAACACAGGCAGGAACAAAAUCUUUGCAAGGAAAUUGCUAAGGCAUCAGGGCAUAAAUUUAAGAUGAAAAAAUACAAACAUUUAGUGGACUUAACUAGUACAUGUACAUGUACAUUUAUAAUGUUUCCAUGAUUCUGCAAGUGAAUGACUACUUUAAUUAUAAUAACUUUAUAACUUGUAUCAUUUUGGAAAAAAUCAGAAGUAUUCACUUGAUAUUUAUGUUUUUGAUAAAUAAAGAUGAAAAGAAUAA